GCUGUGAUUUGGCGGCACGGCGGCAAACACUGUGAUGUUGUGAGGCGUAACGUUAAACAUGAUAAUAACAUUAGCAAUUUAAAAAGUUUUAAUAAAAGUUGACUAACUAAUAGUAAUAAUUAUUUAGAGCUAUAGAACUAAGUUCAUUCUGGUGGCGUGAGCAGUUAACUAAUCAUACUUUUACUUGUGGCAAUCUUGGUCAUAAUUAAUCAUUAUGUUUUCAAGAUGUUGCAGAUAUAAUGCUUUUGCAUUUUCCAUGCAAAGCAUAAAUUUAUUUAUGUUAAACUUAAAAAUGACCCAUCUUAAUAACUAUAAAUUGUGCAGACCAUUAACGUUAAACUUCAAUACAGAACUUGUUAAAAGUAAAACUUCCUCAGGCUCAAUUUCUUCAAGUGUCAUUACUAAGAAAGACAUAAACAUUACUGAUACUGAUAAUAAAUUACCAUGUUAUCUCGAAGGUGUUUUUACUGAAAUUGUUGCUAACAGUAUGGUUGUUUAUGAAGAUUUUCUAAAUGAAGAAGAAGAGAAAAAUAUAAUUGAUGAAAUAGAGCCUUAUAUGAAAAAACUAAGAUACGAGUAUGAUCACUGGGAUGAUGCCAUCCAUGGAUACAGAGAAACUGAGAAGUUAAAAUGGAAUCAAAAGAAUGAAGUGACACUUCAGCGGGUGAAGCAGAUGGCUUUUCCUACUAAUGAACCACUACUUAAACAUGUACAUGUUCUUGAUUUAGCUGAGGAUGGAUAUAUCAAGCCUCAUAUUGAUAGCAUAAGAUUUUGUGGAGAUACCAUUGCUGGCCUAUGCUUACUGUCAGAUGCUGUCAUGAAGUUAGUAGAAGAAGACCACAUUGAAAACUGGGUGAAUGUUCUGCUGAAAAGGAGGUCUUUGUAUGUAAUGAAAAAUGUUGCUAGGUAUAAAUAUACCCAUGAAGUUUUGAGAAAAAAAGAGUCAGUGUUCAAAGGAAAAGUUAUUCAUCGACACAGAAGAAUUUCUGUUAUCUUAAGAAAUGAGCCUUCAGGAGAAUCUACUACAUAAUGUUUUGUUUUGUUUGUUAAGCUAAAAGUAGGAUUUAUUGCAAACUUUUAACUUGUCAUAGAUUAAAAUCUGGUACCUGAAGUGUUAACUGCAGUGGAAACCAUGGUUCUGCUAUUUUUUUUAAACUGGAGUUUUCUGUAGUCCUUGUUGAUAGAGUUUGUGCUAAUUGUAAGGAAAAAAUACAAAAAUACUUGUUAUUAUGAUGUGGUAGCUAUUAAAUAAGUGAGAAUUAUGUUACAUAAAUAUUUUGUCUCCCUUUUAUUUAGUUAUUGGAUUUCAUAUUUACUUGUAUACAUGAUACAGCAUCAGUGACAAGAUCACCAUUAAAGAAAAGAUUUCUCUGAUCAUUACUUGUAUGGCUUAUCAGUAACCAUUAGCUAUUUUUUAAUACUAGGUAUAAAUACAACUUUUUAGUGUAAAUAUAAUUAUAUUUUCUUUAAAGAAAGUACUUAUCUGUAAGUAUGUGGCUGCUGUGUAGAAAUAUAGUUUGUAUACAAAGUUCAGCUGAAUUACUGCACAGUUUAUUGAGAUUCAAUAAAAUUAGAAUCCUGACCUGUCUCUAUCAUUACUGUGUUACACAUCAUUAAUGAGUUUUACGUAAGUCAUGAUUUAUAGUAAAACAGUGUUGGCUUAUUAAUAGUCAUUAGUUAAGAAUUAUGAGAAAAUAUGAGAAUAAAAAUUUACUUAUUUAUAAGUGAUAUACAUUUCUAUUAAAUAUUAGUUAUUGUGGGAAUGUCCUGACCAGUGUUUGAUUGUUAACCAGAAAUUCAGUUUAUUUGCAUACCUACUCAUGAAGGGUGAGCUGAAUUAACAUAAAUUUUAAUAUUUGUUUCCUCUUUAACCUUUAUCUGGUUUUUUUAACAAGAUUUGUUUUAACAUCAUCUUGAAUAUGUAUUUGAAGAGUAAUUGUGAAAAUCAUCAAUGAAUAUCAAACUCACUGAGAAAAUAUUAAAUAUAUGUCAGAAAUGAAUGGUUCUUCAACUUUUUGUAUUCAAGAUGUUCCUCCUCCUUCAAACAUAGUCUUCAGAUUUUUAUAUAAGGAGAAAUAUCCUGGAUGUCACUGCCUUUGUUCUGAUGACAUCAUUGAUCCUUGUGCAAUUGUUGUAUUCUCUUGAAACUCUGUCCCAUUUCCAAAUAUUGACAUAACACGUGGAUAAACCAUCGAGGCUUUAUUUCUUUGAAAGUAACAACUACCCUAUUUAUAACUAUAGAGUAUAGUCAACUUGUUUAUUUCACUUGACCUAAUUCAAUUAGUAUAUGUUCAUUAUUUAAAAAAAAGAUAAUUUUAUAAGCUUUUCAAACUUUACCUUUCAAAAUAUUGCAUUUAUUAAUGAUUCUACUUUCAUGCAUAUUUAUUACUUAAUUAAAUUCUAUAAUCUAAUUCUCAUUUCAUUCCUUUCUCCUUUUCAGAAAAUUUUUUAUUUAAAAAUUUGAAAUGAAAUCAUAUUUUACAGUCAGCAUUUAACCAGUUAUUAUAAAUCCAUAUAACAUCUUCCAUUUAUGAAAUCUUAUAAGAUACUAUCAGUAUCAUGUAUAUAUAUAUCUCAAACAUUAAUCAGUAUUGACAAUAUUCAAACAAUAAUUAAUCCAACAUAAUCAGUAAUACUAAAAUCAGCAGAAAAAAUGGUACCCAAUUCAACUUAAAGAAUGGAGGAUUCCUCCUGACUGGGAAAAGUUUUCAUUGUCUCUGGAUGAACAUUAUGUAGUUGCUCAUAACUGAGCCUAAAUAUUUUUUGUGAUAUAUGUACUGUUAUGAAUUAUCUUUCUUUGUCAGUUAGUUAAUCUAAAUCAGUUUUUAGUUUUCCUCUAACAAAGGAAGCUAUUUCCUAUUUUCUGUUGCUAAAUCAUACAGACCAAUUAUCCCAGUAACAUCCAAAUAAGUUGGAACUGCUCUUUACUCACUCAUUGGUAACUUCCAAUUCAUCAAUAUUGGAAGUUUUUGUUUAAAGUAGAGUAACAAUACAUGUAUAAAUAUAUGACUGCUACUACUUGUACAAAGUACAAGAUUCCUAGAAUUAAAUUCACAGUUUUUUAUGUGUUGUCCAUUUCUCUUUUUGCACUGUUUCUAAAUCUUUUAAGUAUUGUUUAAAUGCAGUGAUUGUUAACCUGAGCAUCUAAUGGAGCAAGUCUUGUUUUUCUGGCUUUUUUUAUCAAAUCAUUUAUUUUCAUUUGUUAAAAUACUUUGUAGCUGUGUGACCUUGAGAUUUAUCUGAUUGUUUAUAUAUUGCAUUGUACUAUGAAAGUUUGACAGUGAACUAAAAUUUUGACCAUGUGCUGAGUAAUUUUUAUGUGAAUGAAUAUAACCCAUGUCUUUAGUUUUUAUAUCUCUUAUAAUUAUUUUGUUAAGUCAUGUUUAGGACAAACUACUCAGUUUGUUCUUGACAUUGAACAACAAUAUAUUUGAAGUCCUUGUUCUAAGAAAAUAAAAAGGGUGAGAUAUUAUCAUGCAUUUUUUGCAUAAUUCUGAUAUUUCAUUUUUUAAUCUGGCAAAUAACAUGUAAGUACUAGUUAAUGUUAGAACUGAAAGUACUCUUGUAUUAAUUGUGAAAUUGGUCUUUUCAAUAAAAUUUGCUGUUUUAAAGGUAA